AUGACUGGGUGGUCCUCACAGAGACUAGAGGACUGGGUGGUCCUCACAGAGACCAGAGGACUGGGUGGUCCUCACAGAGACCAGAGGACUGGGUGGUCUUCACAGAGACUAGAGGACUGUGUGGUCUUCACAGAGACCAGAGGACUGGGUGGUCCUCACAGAGACCAGAGGACUGGGUGGUCCUCACAGGGACCAGAGGACUGGGUGGUCCUCACAGAGACCAGAGGACUGGGUGAACCUCACAGAGACCAGAGGACUGGGUGGACCUCACAGAGACCAGAGGACUGGGCGGACCUCACAGAGACCAGAGGACUGGGUGGUCCUCACAGAGACCAGAGGACUGGGUGGUCUUCACUGAGACUAGAGGACUGGGUGGUCCUCACAGAGACCAGAGGACUGGGUGGUCUUCACAGAGACCAGAGGACUGGGUGGUCCUCACAGAGACCAGAGGACUGGGUGGUCCUCACAGAGACUAGAGGACUGGGUGGACCUCAGAGAGACUAG